CGUCUUAAUCUAAAUAUCGGCGCCGAUAAACGUAUUGCCAAAUCGCAUGUCUUUAACACAACGAGCCCUACGGCCAGCCAGAGCUCGGCCGCCGCUGGUAUAGCCAACCGCGGCGUUGGCCACAAGUCGGGCACUACCGCAGCGGUCGUCAAUACAUCAGCCGCCGGCGCCGCGAGCGGUGCCAAAGCGGCGGUGAAUCGGCGCCGCAUAGCGCCGGCCGCCCCUCCCCUUCCCAAUGGCCAGCAGUCGUCACUUCACCACUCAUUCAUUUCAGACCUGACGGAUGUCCGCAAAAUGGAGAACACUUUGUUGACACUUCUGGAGGACUUCCACUCCGGGAAACUCAGAGCUUUCGGUCAAGACAUUACGUUCGAGAAGAUGGAGAACGUUAGGGAACAACAGGAACGACUGGCGCGACUCCACUUCGACCUCGAUGUCCAGCAGGAGGUCUAU